AUGAGCUGGCUAAGUGAAUUUGUGGAUUUCUUCUCUGCUUUUUCAGCAGCUGCUACCAGGCUAGUGUGCUACUUCACCAACUGGUCGCAAUACAGACCCAGCCCAGGGAUGUACCUGCCUCGAAACGUGGACCCACACCUCUGCACCCACAUAAUCUAUGCCUUCGCUGGCAUCAAUUAUGCCAACGAGCUGGUCACCCAGGAAUGGAAUGACAACACAUCGCAUGCCUCCUUCAAUGCUUUGAAGACCAAAAAUCCACAGCUGAAAACAUCGCUGGCAGUGCGAGGAGGGAACACCGGCGAUACUCAGUUCUCCAUCAUGGUGUCCUCACCAGUCAACCGGCAGAGGUUCAUCCAGUCAUCCAUCAGUUUCCUGCGAACACGCCAUUUUGAUGGGCUGGACCUAAACUGGGAGUACCCUGGGUCUCAAGAGAGCCCCCCAGAGGACAAGCAGAAAUUCACUCUCCUGUGCAAGGAGCUCAUGGAAGCUUAUGAGGCAGAGAGCAGAGCCAAUGGACGCCCCAGGCUGAUGGUCACAGCAGCAGUGGCUGCUGGGAAAGGAGAAAUUGACACCAGUUAUGAAGUUGCCAAGCUCUCAAAGUACCUGGACUUCAUCAAUGUGAUGACCUUUAAUUUCCAUGGAAGCUUGGAGAACUUCACGGGACACCAUAGUCCCUUGUACCAGGGUUCAGAGGACCACGAACACUUCACCAAUUCCAAUGCAGACUUUGCCAUGAAGUACUGGAGGGAUCGAGGUGCCCCAGCGGAGAAACUUCACAUGGGCUUCGGAACAUUUGGCCGUUCCUUCACUCUGGCUUCAUCUGACCAAGGUCCCGGGGCUCCAGCAAAGAGUUCAGCCUCUGCUGGGCCCUACAUCCAAGAGAUGGGCUUCUGGUCUUAUUAUGAGAUCUGCUCUUUUAUCCGAGGCGCUACUAUCCAGUGGAUUGAGGAGCAACAGGUCCCUUAUGCUGUCAAAGGGGAUGAGUGGGUGGGGUUUGACAACCGCAGGAGCUUUGCGGCCAAGGCCCGGUAUUUGAAAAAAAAUAAUUUUGGUGGGGCCUUCGUCUGGGCGUUGGAUAUGGACGAUUUUGAGGGUCAGUUCUGUGGCCAGGGAAGAUACCCUCUGAUCAGCCACUUGCGGACUUUAUUGGAGAUUGAGCACCUGCCUUUAACAUCACCCAGGACAACAACAUCUGUCAUGACCACAACUACCACCUCAACCACGACUGAAACCUCACUUAUGACUCACAGUCCUGGUGGUUCUUUCUGCACUGGAAAACUUGAUGGACUGUACCCUAAACCUGAUGAGCCCACAUCUUUUUACUUGUGUGGCCAUGGGAUGAAAAAUGUUACAUUUACACUGAGGCACACCGAGCGUCACUACCUCAAUGCCAAUCAGAAAGGUGCCCUUGCAGGCGUGACCUGUCGAGCGCACUGCAGCUCGUAG